AUGUCGGCUGGCAGCGGUGGUGGCGGUGGCGGCGACGCGCGGCGGCCGUCCACCUGCCGCGUGGAGCUGGGCGCGCUGCUGGCGCCGGAGCCGCGCCCGCUGGACAACAAGGUCAAGCGGCACAGUAUCCAUGGAAUGACGGAGGAGGAAAAUGUGGUGCGGCCGCACCAGGAGAUGGCGGUGCUGUCGCUGGAGGAGAAGAAAUAUCUGCUGGGCGUGGAGCGUGGCGACGUGGCGGGCACGCGGCGAGUGCUGCAGCGGGCACGCGACACCGGCCACAUCAACGUCGACUGCGUCGAGCCACUCGGCCGCAGCGCGCUGCUCAUGGCCAUCGACAACGAGAACCUCGAGAUGGUGGAGCUGCUGCUGGAGUUUGGCGUGGAGACGCGCGAUGCGCUGUUGCAUGCUAUCUCCGAGGAGUUCGUCGAGGCUGUAGAGGCGCUGCUCGACCAUGAGGAGCGCACACGGAAGCCUGGCGAGCCUAAUAGUUGGGAGGCGCUACCGCCGGAGACGGCGACGUUCACGGCGGACAUCACGCCGCUGAUACUGGCGGCGCACCGCGACAGUUACGAGAUCAUCAAGCUGCUGCUGGACCGCGGCGCGGCGCUGCCGGUCCCGCACGACGUGCGCUGUGGUUGCGACGAGUGCGUGCGCUCGCGCCGCGAGGACUCGCUGCGCCACUCGCGUUCGCGCAUCAACGCGUACCGUGCGCUCGCCUCUCCUUCACUUAUCGCGCUCUCUUCCAAGGACCCCAUAUUGACAGCAUUCGAGCUGUCGUGGGAGCUGCGGCGGCUUUCGGCGCUCGAGCAUGAGUUUAAGACUGAGUAUCAGGAGCUGCGCACGCAGUGUCAGGAGUUCGCUACGGCGCUGCUGGACCACACGCGCACCUCGCAUGAACUGCAAGUGUUGCUCAACCACGAGACGGGUUCGCCACAAGUACCGCUGCCAGAGCCAGGCGCGCCGGAGAGAAUGCGCCUCUCUAGACUUAAACUUGCGAUAAAACUAAGGCAAAAAAAGUUCGUGGCGCACCCAAACGUGCAGCAGCUGCUGGCGUCCAUCUGGUACGAGAGUGUGCCGGGGUUCCGGCGCAAGAACAUGCUGCUGCAGGCGGCUGAGAUGGUGCGCAUCGGUGCCAUGUUCCCGCUGUACUCGCUCGCGUACAUCGUGGCGCCACACUCCUCCGCCGGCCGCACGCUGCGGAAGCCCUUCAUCAAAUUCCUGUGCCACUCCGCGAGCUACUUCAUGUUCCUAUUUCUACUGAUACUGGCAUCGCAGCGUAUCGAGACUGCGGCAGGAGGAUUGCUAUGGGGCGCAGCGCCACAUGGCGAGCCCCUGUCGCGGCGCGGUGCUCCGCCCUCACUCGUCGAAUGGCUUAUCCUUGCGUGGGUUAGCGGUUUGAUAUGGAGCGAGGUGAAGCAACUGUGGGACAUGGGACUCCGGGAGUACGUGCACGACAUGUGGAACGUGAUCGAUUUUGUAACAAACUCAUUGUACGUCGCCACGGUCGCGCUACGGAUCGUUUCACACUUUCAGGUGCGGCGGGAGAUGGCAGCCGGCAUGCAGUGGAACCAGCCGCGUGAGCAGUGGGACGCCUGGGACCCGAUGUUGCUGUCCGAGGGCCUGUUCUCCGCAGCCAACAUAUUUAGCAGCCUCAAGCUGGUGUACAUCUUCAGCGUGAACCCUCACCUGGGCCCGCUGCAAGUGUCGCUCAGUCGGAUGGUGCUCGACAUUCUCAAGUUCUUCGUCCUGGACAUAUUGGUGAUCUUUGCAUUUUCAUGCGGUCUGAACCAGCUCCUGUGGUACUACGCGGACAUGGAGAAGAAGCGCUGCACGACCGGCAGCAACUCGCUCACCGCCAACGGCACCUUCCCAGACCCUGACGCCUGCAUCGUGUGGCGUCGGUUCGCCAAUUUGUUCGAGACGAUGCAAACACUAUUUUGGGCAGCGUUCGGAUUGGUUGACUUGGACUCGUUCGAACUGGACGGCAUCAAGAUCUUUACGCGGUUCUGGGGUAUGCUCAUGUUCGGCACGUACGCCGUGAUCAACGUCAUCGUGCUACUCAACCUGCUCAUCGCCAUGAUGAACCACUCCUACCAACUUAUUUCUGAGCGGGCGGACGUGGAGUGGAAGUUCGCGCGCAGCAAGCUGUGGAUCAGCUACUUCGAGGAGGGGGGCACGGCGCCGCCGCCCUUCAACGUGCUGCCGUCGCCCAAGUCCGCGCUGUACGCCUGGCGCUGGCUGCAGCGCCGUCUGUGCGGCCACGCGCGCGCCAAGCGCGAGCACAUGCGCACCAUACGGAGAAAAGCUAAACAAGCAAAUGAGCGGGAUUACCGUUAUCAGGGUAUAAUGCGCAACCUGGUGAGGCGCUACGUGACGGUGCAGCAGCGGCGCGCCGAGAGCGGCGGCGUGACGGAGGACGACGUCAACGAGAUCAAGCAGGACGUCAGCGCCUUCCGCUGCGAGCUCGUCGAGAUCCUGCGCAACUCCGGCAUGAACACCUCCACCGUUAACGCCGGAGCUCCAGGCGGCGGAGGCGGUAAGAAGAACCGGCAAAAGGAGCGCAGACUCAUGAAAGGGUUUAACAUCGCUCCGGGCGGGUCGCUGGCACCCGUGGACGAGUUCCUGGCCUCGCUGCAUCAUGAGCACGGCGGUUCGCACGGCGCGGCGCACCACGCCUCGCUGACAGCGCUGCUGGGCACUAGGCUGCGCGCUAGCCAGUCCAGCCUGUCGGACGGUGCCAGUGCCGCUGGGCUGGCAGCCGCGCGCCGCAAGCCCGCCUCGCACAAGCGUCGCUGGGGCACUAUCAUCGAGGCCGCUCGUGCUGCGCGUGUGUCGCGGCUCAUUGGCCGCUCUAGGUCUGAAGAUUCUGUCUGCGAUCAUGCGCGACAAACACCCAGUGGCAGUGACCGCUCCGACUCGGGCAGCGACUCACAGCGCAGUCCAGAGCGCACUACUCGCAGCGGGCCGCUGCACCCGCUGUCCGCACUCGCAGCACUCAAACGCAAGCGUAAGAAGUUUUCGGACUCGCGGCGAGCGGGGGCGGAAGCGCGCACUGCAGCCGGGCCAGAGGCACUGCAGCGCGCCAGCUCGGUGCCAGCGCGGCCGCCACCCUUAGCAGGCCCGCUACCGCGCCCGCCGCCGCCACCGGCCUCCGUAUCACCCUCCACCACGGCCGAGAGCGUGGCGGGCCGCGGCGGCAGUCGGGAGCCGCUCCUGGCCAGCUUGGAUGACGACGCACAUAAGGUGGGGCGCUCACUCUAUGAGCUUGCUCGGAUUCGAGCUACGGCGGAUGGUGCUGAGUCGCGUGUCGACGAUUCUCAGGAGGCGUGUGGGCGCUGCGGGUACGAGGCGAGCGAGGUGGCUGGCGAAGCGCCGCCGACGGACGACGAGGGCGCGCCGUGCGGGCGCUGCGCGGCGCUGGCGCGGCUGGCGGGCGUCACCCCGCUGCACGGCCACGCGCCGCACCACUCGGCCGGCUGGCUCUAG